UAUUUCCCGCAAACUUAACCAGAAGCGAACCCGUCGGUUUUCCAAAUCCGCUAGUCUCGGGGUCUUGCGCAUCUCUCUCUUUCUUUCGCUCUACCCCGCAUUGGUAAAAGGUCUGGAAGCUGGAGCUGAAUCCAUCGUUUUUGGACUCUUAGAUCUGCGGGCGCCAUGUUCGUCCGUCUGAGAUCUUCAAAUCUCCUCGCUGCUGUCCUCGUUAUCGUCCUCCUUGUCGCUGCACCGGCGUCGGCCUCGGAGUCCGAUCAUAAGUAUCAACCCAAUGAUCCUGUCACACUCUGGGUAAACAAGGUUGGCCCGUAUAAUAACCCUCAAGAAACAUACAACUAUUAUAGCCUUCCAUUUUGCCAGCCUGGAGAGAAACCUUCACAUAAGUGGGGUGGUCUUGGCGAGGUUUUGGGUGGAAAUGAGCUUAUUGACAGCCAGAUUGAGUUAAAAUACCAGAAAAACGUUGAAAAAAGUUUUAUCUGUUCUAUUGAACUUGAUGAAGCCAAGGUGAAGCAAUUUUCUGAUGCAAUAGAUGCUUCAUACUGGUUUGAAUUUUUCAUAGAUGAUUUACCACUGUGGGCCUUUGUUGGAGAGACUGGCAAAACGGAUGAGAGCAAACAUUAUCUCUUCACUCAUAAAAAUAUCAUUGUGAGAUACAAUAAAGACCAGAUUAUUCAUGUCAAUAUCACCCAAGAAAACCCUAAGUUGUUGGAACCUGGAAAGAAAUUAGACAUGACAUUUUCAGUCACUUGGACAACAACAAAUAUAACAUUUGCUCGUCGUUUUGAUGUGUACUUGGACUAUCCUUUCUUUGAGCACCAGAUCCACUGGUUCUCCAUCUUCAAUUCAUUUAUGAUGGUUAUUUUCCUCACUGGCUUGGUUUCUAUGAUACUUAUGAGGACACUUAGAAAUGAUUACGCAAAAUAUGCUCGUGAAGAUGACGAUCUGGAGACUCUGGAGAGAGAUGUGAGUGAAGAGUCUGGUUGGAAGCUUGUUCAUGGAGAUGUAUUCCGGCCUCCUCGCAAUUUGGUUCUUCUUUCAGCUCUUGUUGGUACGGGUGCUCAGCUGGCGCUGCUUAUUCUCCUCGUCAUUUUACUGGCUAUAGUUGGGAUGUUGUAUGUUGGGCGAGGAGCUAUUCACACAACUUUUAUAUUGUGCUACGCUUUCACCUCAUUUAUUUCGGGUUACGUCAACGGUGGUCUUUAUUCCCGGAGUGGUGGUAAAAGUUGGAUUAAGUCGAUGAUUCUUACAGCAUCUCUUUUCCCAUUUUUAUGCUUUGGAAUUGGUUUUGCACUCAACACCGUUGCCAUAUUUUAUCGCUCACUAGCGGCUAUUCCCUUCGGAACAAUGGUGGUGAUUUUUGUAAUUUGGGCCUUUAUCUCAUUUCCCCUCACACUUCUAGGCACUGUGGUGGGCAGGAACUGGAGUGGUGCCCCUAGCAAUCCAUGCCGAGUGAAGACCAUUCCUCGCCCUAUCCCAGAGAAAAAGUGGUAUCUCACCCCUUCCAUUAUCUCUCUAAUGGGAGGUCUUCUUCCUUUCGGCAGCAUCUUCAUUGAGAUGUAUUUUGUAUUCACAUCUUUCUGGAAUUACAAGGUUUACUAUGUGUACGGAUUCAUGUUACUGGUUUUCCUUAUUCUUAUUAUUGUAACAGUCUGUGUUACCAUUGUGGGCACAUAUUUCCUUCUAAAUGCGGAGAACUACCAUUGGCAAUGGACUUCCUUCUUCUCUGCUGCUUCUACUGCCGCGUAUGUCUAUCUUUACUCCAUUUAUUACUACUCUGUGAAGACCAAGAUGACAGGUUUCUUCCAGACCAGCUUCUAUUUUGGCUACACCCUCAUGUUCUGUCUGGGAAUUGGAAUUCUGUGUGGCGCCGUGGGUUAUCUUGGUUCAUCUCUGUUCGUGAGAAGAAUUUAUAGAAACAUCAAAUGCGACUAGCUGUAGAUGAAGUCGGAGGCAUUGAUAAGCCUUUUUUUUCCCUGCGGCGCAGAAGAUCAAAUAUUCAUUGCUCUCUAAAGCUCCAAUUUUUGGAGAUUACUUGAGGAGUUUGGUCUCAUAUUGGUCGAAUUUGGAAUUUGGAAUUUUUAGUUUAUAUUUGCUGUAAGCUUUUUGUUUUCACUGCUUGUUUAGAACAGAGUAAAUGAGUUAAUUAUUUUUGUAUUGCAGACUAACUGUCUGUUUUGAUGGGACAUGUGGAACCAAAAACAGUUCAUCAUCUCCAGAUUGAUAUACAUGGUUUCUUAUUUAGUGGAAAUUAUCAUAUUGAUUAUUUUU